AUGGUCUUCUCUGGUCUGGACAGCGACGUUGCUGGCGAUGUCGAGAUGGCCUUCCUCAAGUCCGAACUUGCCGUCUUCUCCAACGCAAAGAACUACCGCCGCGAUCCCCUCGUACCCCUGGUUGUGCCCACCGUCAACCUGCCCCAUCUGGAUGUCGUCCACCACCAAAGAAAGCACUACGGCCUGAACAAGGGUUUCCUCGUCUGCAACUCCAACUGUGCUGUCAUUGGCAUCGUCAUUCCCUUCGCUGCUCUGCAAGCCAAGUUCGGUCCCAUCAACCAAGUCUCGGUCGUCACAAUGCAAGCUGUUUCAGGAGCAGGUUAUCCUGGUGUCAGCAGCAUGGACAUCAUCGACAACGUUGUCCCCUUCAUCUCGGGCGAAGAAGACAAGCUCGAGACCGAAGCCCAAAAGAUUCUCGGCCAGGUCAACUCGGACGUCACUGGUUUUUCGGAUCAGAGCGAUCUCAGAAUCUCUGCUGCUUGCAACAGAGUCCCCGUUUUGGACGGUCACACCGCUUGUGUUUCGCUUCGCUUCGAGAGAAGACCCGCUCCCAGCGCCGAGGAGGUCAAGCAGGCUAUGCGCGACUACGUCUCGGAUGCUCAGAAGCUUGGCUGCCCCUCUGCACCUGAGAAGGCCAUCGUUGUUAUGGAGGAGCCCGACCGCCCGCAACCCAGACUCGACAGAGAGACUGACAGAGGUUACGCUGUCAGCGUGGGUAGAGUUCGUGAGGACGAGAGUGGCAUCUUCGAUAUCAAGUUUGUUGCUCUGAGCCACAACAGUAAGCAUAGUUCAUUUUCGAAACUUCGACGAGCAAUACUGACUUCUCCUAGCCNNGUCAUUGGUGCUGCUGGAUCGUCUAUCCUCAACGCCGAGGCUUGUGUCCUCAAGGGCCUUGCCUAA